AAAGGUUAAAACAUGAAUCAUUCAUUUCCUUUUGGUUCUUAAAAAUUAGUCGUCAAUGUCUUAGAUUAUUUAAUUCCAAUUCCUGAACCUUUACUUUAUUUCGUGAAUUUAAAAUUAUCAAGUUCCUUCAUAUUGAGUUUAAGUAUUAAGUGAGUGAUAUGCUUUGUCCUGACACCAGUCAAUGACUCUAAUUAAAAACAGUUUCUGGACUGGUUCAACUCUACUCUACAAGGAUCAAAUUGUGUUGCUUGAAGUUGGUCAAACCACUGUAGCAACCUUUUGACUAUCAUGGUUGAAUGGAGUAAAAUGAAAGGAUCAUCUCUCUCCAUCGUAAUUGGGAAAAGACAGAAAAGACAUGAAAUGAAGCAUUUAGGGAGCUUCAUUCAAAUGGUCAACUGUAUUGGCCGAUGUGGCAAGUGAGAUAUUGGCCUUUUGGGACACUUACCUGCAACUUUUGGGUCACUUGUGAUGUACUUUGCUGUAGCUCUUCCAUUUAUCACAUGUGCUUCAUAAGCGUGGGUCGCUAUGUGGGCAUCAAGAAUCCAUUGCAUGCUCGUCAAGCUCGCCUUUUGGUCUCUCGACGAGCAGUCCUCUUCAAGAUUGUCCUUGUCUGGUUGAUUGCGGCCCUAAUAACGAGUCCAAUAACCAUACUCGGCAUUGCAGAUUCGUCCAAUAUUAUGCCUGAAUCAGCCGUUUGUUCAAUUUCUAAUAAAUAUUUUCUCAUAAUUGGAGCAUUCAGUGCCUUUUACCUUCCAAUGAUAAUCAUGGUUAACAGUUAUGUAUUGACUGUUCGCCUGUUGAGGCGUAAAGCCAAAUUUUGUAAAAACUCUGGUGAACAUGGAAAAUGGCCUCCAUCUGCGAGAAGUUCAAUCAACAGAAAAUCUCAUGAGAAUCAAGGUGAUAAUGGAAAAUAUUCAGGUUCUUCGGGGAAUCAAAAUUAUUGCAAAAAGGAUUUUGAUACGGGAAAAUGUAAGAAUACUUUUACUUCGAAAACUCGCAGUUUACAUUCAAUAUCGGAUGGAGCUGAUGACUUUCAAAGGAAGACCAAUCAUAAUCAUUUAGGGGGUAAACGGCUCUCCUCGACUGGUUCACUACUUAGAGGUCAUUUUGGAACUGAAAUCAGAAGUCGAAUAUCAAAGCAUUACAAUACCCAGCCCAUGAUGAUACGCACACUUGGUUCAUCGGUCCAGGUUCGAACAGAACAGAAAGCAACUCAAGUUUUGGGUCUAGUUUUUUUCCUGUUCAUUAUUUGCUGGUCACCCUUUUUUACUCGCAACCUGAUUGAAGCAAUUUUUACCGACAUUCAAAUGCCCAACUCGUUGCCAACCAUUUUCCUUUGGUUGGGCUACUUUUCCUCGACCAUUAACCCCGUCAUUUAUACAAUUUUUAAUCGAAACUUUCGUCGAGCUUUUCGCCGCAUUUUACUCUGUCAAACAAUUAAAUAUCGACUCCAACGAAGCUCCCAAUCAUUUAAUCCCAACCAAAGGUUUGGCGGUCGUCGAGGCAUCUACAGAUAUUCAAAUCAAAACAGUCCAAACAACAACAACAACAGUAAACAUAAUGACAAUAAUCGAAGCAACAGUCUCAAUAACAGUAAUAACAAUGUUAGUAAUAACAGUAAUCGAAAUGUCAACUCAAACAAUGUUUUACACAACAAACUGGGCAGCAAUAACAGUGAAAAUGGUCGCUUCUAUGAAGACAAUGUUGACUUGAACAACAUCAACCUCAACUUGGAGAGCAACACUGAUAAUGUGAUUGAUGAUGAUAAUAAUUAUCAUAUUCAUGGUUACAUUUAUUCAAAGAGUGGCCGGUUGAUGGACAAUAUGAAAUCAAUGAAGUCGAUUGGUUCAAAUGGAGUCGAGUAUUCAGAUGAUGAUGAGGAUGGAGGUGAUCUUGAUGAGGAUAAUGAUAAUGAUUAUCUGGGAUCAAAUGAAGAUGAUAGUACAACUUUUGGAUCCAAAAUUUGUUGCACCAUUAAGAAUAAGCAGUUGAGUGACCAAGUAAAUGCCAAAUACAAUUCUCGCUCAGAUGAAUGUGAUAAUUAUCGUGAUAAGGCGUUGAACAUGAGAUAUUAUUGGAAGUAUUCAAAGGCUGAUUUAAAAGCAAAAAGUGAACCAGUUGCUACAAUCAAAUGCUGCUCUGAAGUAUAACGAAAUAUAAGCAAACUAUUGAAAUCAUUUGGUUUGUUUCUUGCAAAUGAAAACCUUUUCUGUUUAAGAUUGAAACUUUCUUAAAAAUCGUUUCUGAUAAUCUCUUGUAUGUACAUGAUUUGAUAUGCAUAUGAUCUAAUCUCUUGCUAUAGCCAUGUUUUAUUUUAUAACCUGAAUAAAUUCAGAUUCUUGUAA